AUGGGAUUUGAAAAUGAUUUUGAAUUUUUUGAUAAAAAAAAUUAUGAAAGAUUAAAAAGAAGUUUUCUGUCAUAUUCACCAAAUAGCGUUUUUCAAAUAACCGCUGGAUUAUCCGCUGAAAGUGACAUAAAAAAUAAUGUGGCAGGUGUUAUAUUAGCACUUCAACAUAAUUCUAAUUUACCUCUUGGUGAUACAAAACAAUUUAAUUCACAAUCUCGUAAUGAUAAACAAUUUUCAUUAUUUAAAUUUUUACUUAAUGGAUUUUAUAGGUAUGAUGAUGGACGUCAUGAUGAAAUUUCCGCUUGCCUUAAACAAAUUUUAUGCGAAAUAACAUCCGAAACUUUUUUAAAACCACAUAAAAAAUAA